AUGUCGACAAGAACCCAUCUCGAACUUGGCCGCUCUGGCGGCCAUUUUCUCGCUCGGAUCAGCCUUGGGGUACCGCGACCCGACAACCCAUAUCUCCCUUUCGUGCCGAAGAUGAUGGCGACUCCCAUUGGCGACCAUCCUAUUGUCGGCAUUUUCGAUACGCAAAUCCGAGCCCGUCUCCACGACAUCUUCGCUGGUACCGACUGGUCCCAUAUCAGCGUUGUGCGCAUCGGGUAUCCGGGCCAACGACCGAGCGAAUGUCCUGCUACAAUUCUAGUAGCAGUCCGGCCAAACACACUGGGCGUAGAGAAGGCGGCCGGACUUGUUCAUGUCGCUGCCGCUUUCGUGUACGGAUUCACUCGGCUUCGGGACAUCGCGAUAGAAAUCAUCGAAGCCGAUGUCGUUCCUCACUCCGAUGACACGUUGCCGGACCGGAAGCACUUCGACGAGGCGCUCUGCGCCACCCCUCCCAUUGGUGCCGGCCUUGGUCUCUCGGAUUCUCGCUCGACCGGUACCUUGGGCGGUUACCUUCGAAUCUCCACUGCCAAAAAGUCCAAAUAUGUGGCGCUUGCUUGCCACCAAGUUCUAAGCGGAAUCGAACGUGAAAGCACAUGCGCCACUCUCGCUCUUCUUCGAAUUCAAAGACAGGCUGGCACCCUUGACCAGAACGGGAGACAACGGCUUCAUUUGAGCGACAAGAGGGUAAAAGAUGGUGAAGAAAAAUGCGAAAAGAUUGCCCGCUUUCAGAAUCAUCUCGGCAAGGUCUAUUGCACAUCCGGAGUGGGUGUAACGGACGGAUGGAUUUCGGACUGGGGUUUGGUCGAGUUGGCGCAAGAGAGGUUCCCGUCUUUUGACAACCUCUCAACCGCACUCAGUUCGGAGGUAGUGGACUAUCUUCGGGGGCACUACCAGGAUGCAGAGUCACUUACAAUACAUGGAGGCAUCGCGUCACAGAAGGAUUUGGUCGCCGCCUCGUCGGGCAGGCUGGACGACUCCCAUAAGAAUGUGGUAUUCAAAUGCGGACGAACUACGGGGAACACCCGAGGGGUACUAAACUCCAUCAUUUCGAGCGUUCGGAUGAGCUACGGCGACAAUGUUCCGGUUGUAGGGAGUGCCUUGGUUGUUCUCUCCCCUUCGGAAACGUCCCCGACAGGUCCCGGCUCCCCAGGCUGUGGUUCUGCACCCGUCUUUGGCCGCAAAGGCGACUUCGGAAGCCUAGUGUUCGACUACAGGGGCAAAGUUCUCGGUAUUUAUGUCGGAAGACAAAACGAAGGUCCGAACCGCGAGGAUUACAAGGUUAAUCCGCCCAUAACGCCCCCUUACUUCGACGGCAUUCACUUCGUCUCGCCGAUUGGUUCAACCAUUAAUGGGAUCAGGGCCGCGGUACGUGACGAUCCAACCUUUGGCGGUUUGGAUGUCGACGUCGAGUUUCUCUGGGGCCCGUCUGAGUAG